UGAGGCCAAUAAAAGGAGGCUGGAGUCCUCACUUCAUCCCAAACAGAUCAGAGACUCAGCGGCAACUUCAACUCGGACAGCGCCACCUGGAGGACAGACCGAUCAAAGAAAGAUGCAGAGGUGCUUCGGCGUUUUUUGCGUGACGCUCAUCUUUUGCGCAACCCUCUCUGAGACCAUCGGCCUAGUUAUUGCGCAGGCGAAGGAGAAGCGUGGCUGGACUCUGAACAGUGCUGGCUACCUGUUAGGUCCUCGUCGUAUUGAUCACCUAAUUCAGAUAAAGGAUUCCCCCAGUGCCAGAGGCAGAGACGAGCUGGUCACUCAAUGUAAGAUAGAAACAUACGGCCGCUGCAGGGCCUUGGCACCAGGACAGGAAUUGCUCUUUGUUAACAUCUCUUUUUUAAGCUGCUUCUGUUGUCCAUCAGAGGACACAUCCUCAUGCCGUUCUCUCAUGCCGCCAUUCUUCUCCAUUCCAAUGGUGCAUUUUUGUAGAUGCGUUAAACAGAAGGAAUUGAGUGGAACAUGAAUAAGAUUGAAUCACAAAAAAAAAAA